AUGGAUACGUCCCUCCGCCGGCGCAGAUCUGAGCGCCAAGAUCCCGACUUUCAGGAUGUGGAUCAGGCGCAAGCCUUGGAGGCUGAGACCGAGGACCCAGCUUCUUCAGAAGGUCCGGCGGAGGCUCACCUUUUUUGGUCGGAGCGAGCUAAAGCCGAAGUGGAGUUGCAAAGGGCUAGGCCGCAAAGCCUCAGGGAGGCCCGUAAGCUUCCAGAGGUGAAGGUCGAUGAGGUUGUUUUGGAGCCAGACUAUGAUUUGGGGCCCGGGGGAAAGGGCCGAGGAGCUUCGCCGGUUCUGGAAAGCGAGGUUGUGAGAGCAGCUUCAGGAAGGGCAGAUGGUCAUUCGAGGAACAAGGUGGAUGGUGUGCAAAGGGGUCAGGAGCUGUUUCUGGAGCAGGCCCAGCACAGCCGGGGUUUCAAGGACUCCCUAGCUCAGGGGCCGAAACAGGCUACAAAGCAAACGGAGCCUGUGGACCUCUUGUCGAUGUCUCCUAUGAAGAUGACCUCUGAGGGAAUAAACAACCCUCGGCUUCAACCACCUACGAUCCCGGAGAUGGAAGGACCCUUUUCCCUGCCUGAACGUGAGAACCAAAGCCCAAAGCCGUCUGCCAUCCUGGAUGUGGAAACGGCUGGACACGUGCCGAUGCUGCAGCAUGGAGCAACUGAACGACGGCAGUCAGGUGUUCAGGACCUUUCGAAUUCUGGAGUUCCUGCUUCGGAAGUUGGGGAGUUCUCCAGGAUUGGUGGGCCACGGAUGAUGCUUGGGAAUUCUGCAGGCUCUACGCUUCAGGAGUUCUCGUCAACGACCGGAGUAGGGGCUUCAGAAGGGAAGGUUCUGAACAGGUCUCACCUCGAACUAGAUUCUGGUACCGCGAGAGUAGGAAACGAAAGGGCUGAAAGUGUCAGUGAAGGCACAGCAAGGAGGUCUAUCCCUCUGUCUCCAGAAGCCCAGAAACCCCAGAAGAGUUCGGCCUAUGAGAUUCCGGAUCCUUCAGAACAGCACUUCGAAAUUGUUAGACUACAGUCUUUGGUUGAGCAUCUUCAUGAUAGGCUAGAGAAAGCUGAGGCUGAACGUAGUACGAGAGGAUCCAGAUCUUUUGGGUCGGCCUCUUCUGGGCGUAGAGUAGAGGAACUAGAGCUCAAGGGCCAAAGGGUAAACUUUCAGUCUGAGGAGGGUUAUCCUUUGCCCCCGGAGCCUCCACGUCAGUCCUCCCUCGAUAUGGAUUUUGGCACCUCUGUUCAUUCCCCGAUGGUUUUUCCUGGGGACAUGGUUCCGUCUAUGGACUUUGGACUUCACUCUUUUACAGGGUUCCUUCGAUGGACUUUGGACUUCAUUCUGCUGCGGGUGCUGGACCUCAGUACUUCGCUUUGUCUCCCCGUGGUUAAUGGUUCGUUGGUUUUAGAGCCUGUGGACUUCGUCCCUCCUCCUCCUCCGCAGUGGACUUCGCCCUUGGUCGCAGCUCCGCCCAUUCCUGGGGCCUACAACCCUAACAACCCCACCGCGCUUGGAGAUUGGAUCGCAGUGGUCCAGCCGAUGAUUUCUUCACUGUCAGACACCGGAAGUGUCUGGUGGGGUUAUACAUACCAGGCGGCCAACCAGGCCUAUGUGCGGUGGCUAUCCACCUCCCCGCUUGAAAGGCUGUCGAUCCAGAAGGAGUUUGAUCAAGUAAACUUGGUGCAGCCCCAGCAUACCUUGCUGGAACAGCGAUGCGUGACCUUGAUUCUUCAGGCGAUCCCGGAUGCUGUGAGGGUUGACGUUGCGGCUUCCACCUUGUCGGAGGCUGCAAAGCUGCUUAGGCAGUGGACCCAAUGGCGUAUGCGCCUGAAGCAACUGCAUGCCGCAGAGCCUGACACUACGCUUUUGGUGAAGGGUCUAGAUGAUCUGACAGGAAGGGUGUUACAAAAGCACUCAGCGAGCCUCUUCCGGCUUGCCACUUUCCGCGAGCGGCUUGGGGUUGACUACCAGCCGACCUCCGACGCUGUGUCGGAGUUGUGUCGAAUGAUGCAGGCGGAGGUGGAGCAUCUGAUGCACUCCACAGAUGACAAUCCUGUGAAGGAUGAGGUUCCGGGCCGAGGGGAUGAUGCUAAGAAGCAGCGCUUGCAGCGCUUGCAGACGUCUCCGAGUACCCCGAAGGCCAAGACUUCUCCCGCGGGACCCAAGACGCCGGGUGCAGGCAUGAAGCCUUGCAGAAGCUGGCUAACAGCUGGCGGUUGCGCGUAUGGGUCGUCCUGUCAGUUUUUCCAUGACCAGGAUGAGGAAAAGAUGCGGGGCCGAUGCUUCAGUUGCAGUGCCGAAGAUCAUUGGGCAGACUCAUGCCCGGUGAAAGCCAGGUUGAAGGCGGAGGCUAAGGCCGCCAAUGAGGAUACGGGGGAUGGCAAUGCAGCCAUCAAUGCAGAAAUCUUGAGCGUGCUAAGGUCGAUAAAGACCAAGGCCCUGCGGCUUAGUGCUGUGAGCAACCCGACGGGCUACGGCUUGUUGGACAGCGGAGCUUCCGCUUCACUCCGCCAGGCCUCACCUCAGGAGAUCCAGGAGUCCCGCCCGGUGAGCGUGUCUCUCGCCGUUGGCGAAGCUGUGAUGCAUGUGAACUCCGCCGGAACUCUGUUGGUAAGGGAGUCUGUGCAUCCAAUCUUGCCAAUGCACGCGUUGCCGCUUUUGGGCUGCGAGAUCAACUGGACCGACCGGGGCAUUCAUGUGCGACAUCCAGGUCUCGGGAUCCUCCCGGUGAGACUUAAGGAUGGCACUCCUGAGUUGCCAGAGUUUCUGGUGCUUCGCCUGAUUGGCGAGUACGAGCGCUUCCUCUUGCGCCGUGAGACCUCAAGGGCCGUGUCGCAGCAGCUUUGGCAGCGAUCAGUUGGCCAGGAGGAGGUUGGGCUUUCGUCCUUAAGGGAGUGGGUUGCAGCCCAUGUGGAGGCAGAUUCGUUGCGGUUAGUUAGUCCCACCUUUGAUCCCUCCUGUGUUCCUUUCAACCGACGGACCAGGAGGCAGCUAUUUGACCCUCAGGUCCCAACCUUGGUGCAUCUGUUUGCAGGAAAGCAGCGGUGGCGACACUCUGUUGGCCAAGUGCUUGAGGUCGAUAUCUCCAGAGGAUCGGACCUUCUUUCUGAUGAUGUGUUUGGUAUGCUGCUGCGGGCAGCCACCCUGGGUGUCAUCGAUGGGGUCGUCUGUGGCCCGCCGAGCAGGACCUUCAAUCCGGAAGCCCUGGCGUCUUCCUCUAAUGGCUUGAAGUUUAGAGGGGAAGAAGGGGAUGCUAGGUUUGGGUUUUCCGACCUCAGCCCUGCCGAUCGUGCUUUGGUUGAUCGGGACACCCUGUUGUUCCUCCGGUCCCUGCUGUUGACCUUAGUGGCCUCGUGUGCCAAAGAGAAGUUCUUCAACUGCUUGGAGAUGCCUGAGUCUUCUACUGCGUGGGAAUGGCCCGAGUAUGAGAAUGUUUCUGUGUGUCUGGGGGGAUGGACCGCCAGCUUCGACCAGGGCACUCUUGGCCAUCCCUGCUCUAAGGCCACUGCAGUGUAUACAAGCAGCUUUCAGCUGUAUGAGUCUCUUCAUGAGUUGAAGCUCCCUCCAGAGGUGAUUGAAGCCCCAGCUCCUAACUUCUAUGGUAAGGAGUGGGCUCCUGGGCUUGUUAGCCGGGUUUUGCGUGCCUGGGAUGACUACUGCUGUGUCAGCUUUGAGCGCCUGCAGGCUCACACCCGUGAGCGAGAAGGACUCCUUCUCAACUUGUGCCAGGAAGCCACUGUGGCUAAGAUGUCACCCGAGGUUUGGGAAAGACACUGCCAGGCAGAUCACUUGCCGUAUCGCGACGACUGCCCGAUUUGCAUCCAAGGAGCUUCUCGCGACCGCUCCCACUUCACGAAGCAUCCGCAUCUGUUUGAGCUCUCCAGUGAUGUUGCGGGUGCAUACCACAAGGGCCGUGACUUCGGGGGAGCGUGCAGGUAUUUUGUGAUUUUCACAAUAAGGGCGCCGGUAAAAAGUGAUAAGAAGGAGUGGCGAGAUAAGUCUUCUGAGAUAGCUUUUCAAGAAAAGGUUGAUGAGGCUAAGGCCCAGGAUAAAGAGGAUCCCCAUGCAAGCUUGAUCUACCAACCGGUGCAUGUUACCGGAGAGCCCUUAAAGGGGGAUGCUGAGCAGCCUUCUCGGGUUAAGAACAGGAGAGAUCGCUCUCCGCGUCGGGACCCUGACGCUGGGCCUGCCUUUCGUGUUGCUCGGCUCUUCUCGAACUCUGGUGGGUCCCCGUCGGCAACAGAAGCGUUCUCUCCGUGUGACACCUUCUGCAAGCAGGUGAUUCUCGAAGGGAACUCCGUUUCCACGGGUCAGCUUGCGAAUGCCAUUCGACUGUACGUUCAGGACAAGAAAGCGAUCAAUCGGAUCGCCAAGCGACCCCUAGCUGGGAACCAGAAGGAUGAGUCUUCUGGAGCCACACUGCCUCCCUGGUUCUGGUCAUCUGGAGCAUGGGUUUUCAGUGCGAAGGUUGGAAUAACUAAUACGGUGCACGAGUGCCCGUGGCUCACCAGACUUCUUGCUGUGAGCCUCUUCCACCGCACUGGCCAGAAGUUUGCUUCAGUUGGUUUCGUGAUCAACAUUGAAUCUGAGGUCCAUCGCGACUCUCACAAUUCCCUAGAGUCAAUGAAUGUGGUUUGGAAUGUUGGGCAGGGCUCAGGUUCCCUUGAGAUCUGUGGCCAUGAGAUGCCUCUUCCGCCUAACGCCUGGCUUAGCUUCCCCCCGCGUGAUCUCCAUAAGUCUGGAAGCUGGGAAGGGGACAAAAUCCUGGUUUUGGGUUACACCCCUAGAUCUCUUGAAAGGCUAACUUCUUCGGAUCUUCUAAGCUUGAGAUGGGUGAAUAUGCCAAUCCAGGACAUUGAACCUCUGCAAGCACCCCCUGCCAGUGGAGAAUUCUCUCCCGGGGACGGUUUGUCAAAGUUGCUUCCAGCUGAGUGCGAUUCUGGUGACGAGGAGGUAGACUUGCCAACAGAGGAGUCUUGGAGCCAGGUAGCUCAAGGAUAUGAGCUAAUGCACCAAGCAGUGACUCACUUUCUUAAGUCACUGCAGCGAUCUGUUGUGGGCGCUUCAUCCGAAGGCCCAGUUGAUCCCAUCACCUUGCAGGCGAUGCGCGAAGCGUCCUCCCUUCGCAAUGAGCUGGGCUGGCAUCUGGAACUUGCGCGCCUUUAUGGCUGCGAUAAACCUGUUAGCUCCUCCUCUUGGAGGGUGUGUGCCGCUGCCCCUGCAGUUGAACAUCUUGAGUCUCAGCCCUUGCUGCAUACCCGUAUUGUCUCGAAUGAGGAAGUCCGUGAAAAACUGCAUGAAUGGCGUGAUGCCAUGAAAGCAGAAUGUGAUUCCCUGAUUUCGAAGGGUGCGGUCGAGCUUGUGGCAGAUAGUCAAGUUGAAAAAUGGAUUUUAGAUGGUGAAGAUGUAGAGAUCCUCCCCGGCCGGGGUGUUGCCACUGAAAAGCCCCCAGUAACUCCCGGAUCCACUAAAAGGAAUAAGUAUAGAGCUGUAAUUUGCGGCAAUUUCCAAAAGUGGUCUGAGGAAAGGGCGGCAGAGUCCUUCUAUGCCGGAGGAGCGGAUUCUCUUUCGAUCCGCACUGCUUUGAGAUGGGCGGGAAUGAGAAAACAUGGCGGUUCAGGUACUGAUGUCAAGACUGCCUUUCUUAAUGCUCCCCUUGAUGAGCAGGAGGCAGAAUAUCUGAUCUGCAAUCCACCUAAGGUUUUGUAUGCCGCUGGUGUUAUCCCUCGGGGUUACAAGUGGAGAGUCCAUGGUGCUCUCUACGGACUCCAGACCUCGCCCCGUGCUUGGUCCCGCCUCCGGGAUAAAACUUGCAGAGUCCUGACCUGGACUGUCGAUGGCGAGAACCGCCACUUGCAACAGUGUGUUGCCGACCCCAACAUUUGGCUUGUCAAGUCCCCUUGCGGUGAGACUGUUGCCUUGAUGUGUUGGUAUGUCGAUGACCUCCUAGUGUUGGGACCUUGGUCAGAGCGAUCUGCUCUUCUUGAGAAAAUCAAGGCCACCUGGGAGUGCAGCGCAUUCACGCAUACCGAAGACGGCCCAGUUGAGUAUUGCGGCCUUGAGAUUUCGGAGUCUGCUGAUGGUCUUCUGAUUGGGCAGACUAAGUAUAUCAAGGAACUCUUGAAGAGGCACAACGUGCAGGGGAGUGCAAAGUCUCCAUGUGCCGCUUGGUCAGCCAACUUCGAUGAUGGCGAAAGCCGUGAUGAUCCCGUUGAUCCGGUAGCGGUUAAGGCCGCUCAAAGCAUCACUGGUGAGCUACUGUGGCUUUCAGUUCGAGCGCGCCCCGAGCUGUCUUUUCCAGUCAGCCGCAUGGCACAGUUGACUACCAAGAGGCCGAAUGAUGCAAUAAGCAUUGGACAGGGAGUGUUGCGUUUCUUGAAUUCUUCACCCUCCCAGUGCAUUGUGUACGGCCCUCCUCCUGGUGACUGCGGGACCUCUCAACAGUAUCCGAGGCCAGUCGUUGAAACGACUUUGCAUGCUUUUGCAGACGCCUCUUUUGGGCCAAGUUCAGGCAGAUCCCAUCAGGGUUUGCUGGUGUGCUGGGCUGGAGCGCCGCUCCACUGGGAAUCUGGCCGCCAGACGUUGACUGCUCUGUCAACUGCCGAGAGUGAGCUGAUCAGCUAUGUCUGUGUUGUGCAAGCAGCUGAAGAUGCUGAAGCUGUUGAGGCUUUGAUUGGGGAGAUCUUUCCAGAACCCCUUACUCGAUCCCUCUUCGGAGAUAACUCUUCAGCCAUAAGCAUUGUAAGCGGCCCCCCAACUUCCUGGAGAUCCCGCCACUUAAGACUUAGGUCUCAUGCCCUACCUGAAAGGAUCGAAAAUGGUGUUUGGACGGUUUACCACUUAAGCGGCUUACUGAUGCCCGCCGAUAUCCUUACUAAGGCGAUGACAGCUUCAAAGUUCGGCGACAUGUUGCCGUUUCUAGGGGUUAAGAAUCCGUCUGAGGAUUAUCGGUUGCAGCUCGCAGCCGUGCUGGCAUGCUGUGCCCUUCUCUUGAAGGGACAAGGCUCUCCUGAGCCUGAAGGUUGGGGUUGGGUUAUAAUGUACCUUGUGGUUGUAAUCUUAGCCUACGAGGGUUUUCGGUCCUUCCUUAGGAGGUUCUUAGGCUUAGUUGCGUAUGUAUUCCCAGGCCUCGGUGCUCGAUUUCCCGGGGUUCUGGAUGUGCAUUCCUCGCCCGUUCAAGGGACCACGCAGCCGCCUGCCGCAAGUGCCCCACCUUCCUCUUCCACGCAGUUGCCAGCUCCUGGCGCUCGACUUCCCAGGGAUCCGUCCUCCUCCAUCGGUGCUCGACUUCCCGGUGGAGCCGCAUCACCUGCUAGAUCCACUCCGAAUCUCCGAUCCAUCGGAGUGAAUACCAAUCCUGAGGACUACGCUCCUCUUCCUCCUGUUCUUCCAGCUGCCCCUGCAGCUGCUUAUCGUCAUCCAAUUGACCUGGACAUCCUGUGCUUUCAGUCCGAGUCUGGAUACCUGCGGCUCCAGAGGAGAGGCGGAGACCUCCAGGGUAAGCGCGGCGGAAGCCGCACAUUGUUUUCGGUUUCAAGGGGCAGCGCCUUCGAAGACCAGGAGCUGGUCCUCUUCGGACAGGCUGUAGGGAUGUUCCUUACCAUUGAGGCAGAUGGCAGCAUAGGCGCGAGCGUGUCGCGCAGAUCGCUGCUCUGCGAGUGGCUGACCUCCGGAUCCGAAGAGCAGCGAUCCGAGGCUCUCGAGGCCCCCGAGGCGGAGGCGGCCACGGAGGGCCUCCGGAAUCGGCUUCCGAAGAGCGAGGCCGCCGAAGCCGAGCCGGAGUCGGCAAAACCCGAGGAGAAGGCCCCGGUGCCCGGGGAGCCGACGGUCUUUGAAGAUGCUGGUGGACUCAAUGAGUCCCUGGAGCCGGAAGCCUUUUGGGCAAAGGAACUUCAGAAUGCACCAAUCUUUGAACUCAACUUCCCACCGCUGCACCCCUUGGAUGCGUACUUGACGCGCGAAGUGGGCAGAGCACAUCGGGUUCUUUCCGGACAGUUUGUCCCAGAAGUUGUGCUCGCCGCAUGGGUCCUUUUACUCUGCCGGUAUUCUCGCGCGGAGGAGGUGUUGCUUCUGGUCUCCCAGGGGAGUCCUGUGGCUUUGCGGCUGGCGAGCUUGGAGCAGUUGUCACUGCAGCAAGCCGCAGACGCAUACCGCAAUCGUUUGGCAGAUGCCAGGUCCUGUUGGGCAGAUGUUCCCUCAGAUAUUCUGAAGUGUCGCGUGGGCUUUCUCUUCGGGCCAGCUGCGACUGAUCUCGACUGGACAGCACCUUGUGGCCAAGGCCGGCUGAUGUUGCAGCUGCAGUGCGAGCUACAAGCCGAAGGCCUUACUUGUACUCUUGUCUUUGAGCAAGGAUUGCUGAGCACGGCAAGUGCCACGCGGGCCCUGGAGCACUUGGAAGCACUGCUCUCCGCGGAGCUCAGUUUGCCAGCCGGAUCGUUGGAGGUCUGCAAUGAAACAGAGCAGUGGAUGUUGCUGGAUUGGAGUGACCAAAGAUCAGAGAGAUACCUGGAUUCUGGCAAAUGCAUCCAUCACUUCUUCCAAGAGCAGGCCUCUACUGCGCCCAGUCGAACGGCAAUUAUCGAAGACUCCGAGUCUUUGACCUAUGCCCAGCUAGCUGCGGAAGCAGGGCAGGUGGCUUCAGAGCUUCUGUCUGCCGACGUCACUACAGACAGUUUGGUGCCCCUGAUGUCUCAUCGCUGUACAGAGAUGGUCAUUGCGAUCUUUGGCAUCCUCUUUGCUGGCGGCGGGUAUGUUCCCUUGGACACCAAGUGGCCAGACGACCGUGUGAUGGAGGUGAUCUCGCAAUGUGCUCCCCGUGCUGUUUGCGCCGGCCCAGGCUUCGCAGUUCGCCUGCAGUCCCUCGUAAAGGAGUUGAGCACCUGCAGUAUCUUGGACAUUAAGCGGAGACAAUCUAAGUCUCUCAGCGUCUCAGUGCCUAUGCGAGUCGGCUCCGAACCCAACAGCACCAAUGCGGUGUACUGCUUUUUCACCUCGGGAUCUUCAGGCAAGCCCAAGGGUGUUGUGGUGGAGCACCGUGGCCUGGUGCACCGCAUUCUUUGGUUUCAGGACCGCUGGCAAAUGCAGCCGGGCGAGUGUGGAAUCCUGAAGCACAGCUACACCUUCGGCUUAUCCGAGUGGGAGAUCUUCUGGCCACUGUCCGUGGGUGGUACGCUUGUCCUCUGCCGUCCGGACGGGGAAAAAGACAUGGAGUAUUUGUGGCAGCUCUCUGAGCAAUACCGCGUACGGACCCAGGUCUUCGUGCCCUCUGUCCUCAGGGCAUUGCUGGAGUACGCAGAGCUUGAGUUCGAAGAUCAGCAGGUAAAGCUUUGGCCGGACCUGAAGGCAGCCAUCACCUGCGGCGAGGCUUUGCCGCCAAGCCUCGCGCAGCAGUUCUUCGACUUCCUGCCGCAUGCCACACUGGACAACCUCUACGGUCCUACCGAAGGCGAAAUGACCGUUUGGCGCCUUCCCAUGGGCCGCAUCUUGCAAAGCAUGCCGAUCGGAGAGCCUAUGGAGGGCUCCAGAAUCCUGAUUUGCAGCUCUGGCGGUCUGGCGGGUGUAGGGGAGCCCGGCGAGAUCUACUUCGGGGGAGACUUCAUUGCACGGGGCUACCUGGGCAUGCCGGAGCUCACGGAGGAGAAGUUCGUCCUCGAUCGUUUUCUGGGUGCCGAGGGCACGAAGCUUUAUGCUUCGGGCGACCUAGCCAGGUGGAGAGAGUCUGGCAUUCUGGACUUCCUUGGCCGGGCUGACUUCCAAGUGAAACUGCGGGGCUUCCGCAUCGAGCUGGGGGAGAUCGAGGAGGCACUGCGCGCGGCAGGCGCCAAGAAUUCCGUGUGCAUCGUGGUCGGGCAGGGGACACAGCAGCGGCUGGUGGCCUACGUGAUUAUGCCUGGAGGUGAUCAAGCGACUCUGCGCGCUGCGUGCACCAGCCGUUUGCCUGCCUACAUGGUGCCAGCACAGGUGGUCUUCUUGGAAGCCAUGCCGCGGACAGCCAGUGGCAAAAUUGACCGCAAGGCACUGCCGGCACCACCGGAGCCACAAGGAGAGAGCGAGGAGGCUGUGCUUGUGGUGGAGCCGCGAGACUCCCUGGAAGAGCGCAUCCGCGAGAUCUGGGCCAAGGUGUUGGACCGUGCACCUGAGAGCCUCAGCGUGGAGGCAGAUUGGCCCCUGGUGGGUGGCAAUUCCCUCUUGGCAGGGAAAGCAACUUCUCUCUUGCGCAAAGAGCUGGGCGUGCAGCUCCCAGGGACGGCCAUGUACACCAACAGCACCAUUGCCAAGCUGGCUCUUUUGGCGUCGAAGCUCGGAGCUACAGUUUCAGGUGACGAGCCCAAGCCUGUGGAGACGAACCAGGAGGCUGUGCCCGGCAAGCAGCGCUACCAGGCCCAAAGUGCCAGGAGCCCUUCAGCCCUGUGCGCUCAGUUCCUAGUGGCCGUCGCAGGGAACCUGCUUGGUGACAAUUUCGCUUGGAUGAUCCGUUGGCUGCUGGCCUGGGUGGUCUACCAGGCCUACGGUCGAAGCUGUCUGAUUCUUUGUCUUCCUGGGCUGCUGGCUGCGCUUCUCGUGUUGGAGGCCGCGGUGUGCAUUGCCUUGAAGCAGCUGAUCGUUGGGCGUUUGGAACCUGGGAGGUAUCCUUUGUUCGGGAAGACAUAUUUCCUGUGGCUCUUCCAGCGGCACUUAGUGGAGAAGUGCCGCGACCGGAUCUCUGAGUUCAUUUCUGGGACGUGCCUCUUGGUCCACUUCUACCGGGCACUGGGCGCCGACAUCGGGGAGAGAGUCGACCUGAACGAUCCAGAGCUGGAGGAGCCCGACUUGGUUUCUAUCGGGAGCGAUGUGUCUGUCAACCAUGCCCGCAUCUGUGCAGCAGGCCUCAUGGAUGGCGAGCUCAUCCUCGGGGCUGUGAAGGUCCAGUCCAGGUCGUGCGUAAUGCCCCGGGCGAUGCUGGUCAUGGGCACAGAUGUGCCCAGCGGUUCCGAAGUGUCUCCGUUGGCCUCGACCUCUGGAUGGAUGGGUGCCGUGGGAGCUGUCUGCCCCUUGCAAUCCUCGAAAAUAGAACGUGUGACGACGCAGGACUAUCUCCGCCUUGCUGUGGGGCUGCCAUGGCUCCUCUUCCUGCACAGUGCAGCGAUCAUCCCCACGAUCUAUGCCCUUGAGAUGUUGUGGGCGGUCACUGGCGGGAACUGGAUCUUUUGGCUGUUAUCACCUCUGGUGUACCGGCACGGUUUCGCAUUGACUUUCUUCCUUCUGACCGUGCUUCAGAAGCGUGCGCUGGUUGGGCGCCUGCUUCCGGGACCUACGCCCGAGGAAGGCUCCUGGGCCUGGCACAAGGAGGCCUUCCGGACCUGGCUGCACGAACAGGCGGUUUGUGCCCGGAGCUUCGACGACGCCAUGGAUCCUUUCGUAGGCACGGAAGUGCUGAGCAUCAUGUACAGAAUGUUGGGAUCCAAGAUUGGGCGGCGCGUGCAAAUGGACACCGUCUAUGUAGCGGAGCACGACUGCUUCACCGUCGAAGAUGACGUGGUUUUCGGAUCCGUGGUUUCAGCACACUGUGCCGGGGCAGCUGGACGCCAAGAAGUCAAGCUCCUCCGUGGCGCCAACGUGCUGGAUCAUGGGGUCCUGAUGCCCGGGACCUUCGUUGGGGAGCGCGCGGUCUUGGGAUCUGCUUCGCUUGCUCCGGCAGACUCCUACUUUCCACCGGAUAGCAUCAACACCGGCCAGGUCGGUGGCAAACCUGUCCGCUUGCGAUUCCAGACCUCUACAGAGGAGCAAGUGGUCACAGAGUGGGAAGCAAUGCGUAGAUUGAACUCGGAUGAGUUUUUCUGGGGCUUCAAUUUCGGGGUAAUUGCUGCUGCAAUCGUUUGCAGCCCUGUUCCGAUCUACCAGUGUUUGCUCACCUGUCUGCUUGGUUGGAAAACUUGGGCAUCUUACGGUCCAUUCCUUGCUUUCCUGUCGUUCCCCUUUGCUUAUGCUUUUAUCAGCCUGGUUGUACUAUCCAUCAACUAUAUCCUCAAAUGGCGCAUCAUCGGCAAGUACGAGGAGGGUGACUACACAUUCUUCAGCAACUAUCACCUUAGCUGGACAGUCAUGAUGAUUUUAUCAGGUGUCAUGGAAGAUGCAGUCGAUGCACUUCAAGGCACGGAGUUUCUGGUAUGGUACUACAGGCUGAUGGGUGCCAAAGUGGGGCAGAACUGCUGCUUGUUUGGUCUGGCCUUAGAGUAUGACUUGCUAACGAUGGGCGAUGGGUGCUGCGUAGGCUGGGAGUGCGAUACGACGUGUCACACAGUCGAGAACAUGGUCAUCAAACUGGCACCAACGGUUCUUGAGUCGUACACCUCCAUGCUUCCUCACUCGAUGGUGUCCCCUGGAGCCGUCCUGCACGAGGGUGCCGUUGUUCUGGAGAAUAGCCAGGUGCUGAAGGGCGAGCAGGUCCCUGCAGAUGAGUGUUGGGCUGGCCUGCCGGCGUCAUCCUGUGGACCCGUGGGCGCUCUGCCCAUCGAGACGGUCCAAGAGGAUGAGAAAGCCGACGAGAUUCAGCAGGAAGCUCAAGGUGAAGCUCCAGCGGAGGUGCAGUCUUUGCCAGAGGGCCUUGAGGCCUUGAGUGACGGUGCCGUUGUGGCGCUGGCGGGGCAGACCUUCCUUGUCGAGAAGUUGAAGACGGGGGACAUCUUACUCUUCGUGUUCGAAGAGGAUGGCAAGUCACUCUCAGGACAUUUGCGCGUUCGUGCCACAGGCCGUGCCGACUUCGCAGGAAGACGAGGCCCAGCUGCGCGCUUCUUUGCCAGCAAGGGAUCCAGCGCUGCGACGGUCUGCCUUCAGACAGUCGGAACUGGUAUGUGUUUGCAUUUCGACGAAGCAUCGCAGCUAUUCUUCGGGGACACGAAUCCGGGCGAUCUGGUAGUGAAGCAAAUCUCUCAGGCCAGUACGAUCAAGCUUUCCCAGGAGGUCUUGCAGCAGCGGCGACGUCAAGAGGCAAACCUGCUGGUGCAGGAGAGGAGGCGCAAGGCAGCCUAUGCACUGCAAUCUUCCACUGCUCGAGAGACCUUUAGCCAUGGCAGAGCCCAGCGUGGCAGACGCGGAAGUUGGCCUUUGGACUUCGAAGGGCGGAGCUGUGACGUUGUCGGUCGCGAAGUGCUUGCGAGGCCGGCAGCCUUGAAGAUGGUUUUGGAACGUGCAGAGGCGAUGCAGAUGGAUGGAGAAUCAUGGAUGCUCCCAGUCGGGUGCGAAGUGGAAGUCAAGUGGCAUCGGCAAGUUCGCAUGCUGCGACCGCCGAGCUGCCCACCGGGGGUUUGGCGAGGUCGCCAGGUUGCCGGCUUCUGGCACCCACGCGCCAAGGCCCAGCCUAGGCGAAGCUCGAUCUGA